UAUAAAGGCAGCGGCUGGCGUACUGUGGGGCAUUACAGCUGGAAGUGGGCUCAAUCAGCGUUUGGUCACGGCUGAUUGUUUAACAGGCAUACCCAUUACAAUGGCUUACAAAGGGAAAAGUUCCAGCUUCUUAGACAGGGAAAUUCGAAUGGUACUUGUAGGAAAGACUGGAGUUGGUAAAAGUGAAACAGGGAAUACAAUAGCUGGAGCCGGAAAGUUUGCGAAGAUAUUCCCCUCAUUGUCAAGAGCAAUGUCUGUUACAAAGAAAUGUAAACAGCAUCCAUUUAAACGCUUCGGUAAUGACUUGCAGCUUGUUGAUGUCCCAGGCUUUUGUGAUACAGAAAGAUCACACGAUGACAUUAAGGAAGAGAUAAUGAAAUGUGUAGCCAUAUCAUCUCCUGGAAUACACGCAAUUCUUUUCAUCGUGAGUAUAGGAAGGUUCACUGAAGAAGACAAAAAUACACUGGAAACGUUCCUGCGCUGCUUUGGAGAAGGGUCAAAACAAUUUGUAAUUGUUGUAUUUACUGGAAAAGAUAACUUGGAAGCGGAUAAUGAUACUUUUGACAACUACCUACGUGAUUGCCCAGUGAAACUAAAGGCGUUUUUAAUUGAAAUAAGUCGUCGCUGUAUUGCUGUCAACAACAGGGGGACGGAUGCAGAGAAGGAGAAAUUUACCAAAGACCUGAUCGACAUGAUAAAAAGCAUGGUUGGUGACAACGGCGGCCAGUGCUACACAAACGAGAUGUAUGAGAGAUGUGAGGCUGAGCUUCGAGAAGCUGAGAUGAAGGAAAAACUUGGAGAGAAGAGGGAAAAGCAGCUUGAGAAGAAACUCAAGCAAGAAGCUGCUGCCUAUGAAGAACAGUUACAGAGCCAGCGCCUUAAAAUGCAAGAAUUGGAGAAACAACUUCAACAAAAUGAAAGAAGAUCAAAGGAAGAUGAAGAAAAUCAGUUGAAAGAACGACUGAAAGCCUUAGAGCUGAGGCAAAAUGAAGAAGAAAAGAGGAAAUGUCUGGAGGAAGAAAGGAAACGAGAGGAGGCAGAGGAGUACGUGAGGAAGGAAUUUCAAAAAGAGAAAGAUUUUGAGAGAAAUAUGGAGGAAGAACAUGAGCGUAAAAGAGAAGAACUACGACGGGAAGAGGCUCGAAAGCAGAUACGAGAGAAGGUUGAAGAAGGCAACACAAGUUACCUUGGAAAUUUUGUUGGAUGGGUUAGAUCAUUUAUGCCUUUUUGAGGGUGGUCAUAAAAAUCUGCAAUAGAUAGAAUAUAGAAUGAAUGCUGUUUAGUUAUUCAUUCAAAUAAUUUUGAUCACUAUUUUGCUUUUUAUGCCAUAAUUGACAGAUAAUCGAGGCUACUAUUCUCUGGCAUAGACGUUUUUAAUGAAACAAACCUGAUCCCGUUAGUCGCCUCUUAGGGGUGUGUUUGGCUGCAUGUACUUGUCCGGACAGUUUAGCUGUGAUACCCCACUCAGACACAGUAUACUGACUCUCUGCCACCCAAUCUUUGUUAUAACCUGUUAAUGCCAAGAACCAGGCAGGGUCUGGUAUGAUGCGGCCAGGGGAUCAAACAACUGAAUAUCCGCUUUCCUGGCAACCACUAGACCAUGGGGGACCAUGUCACCCAUGUUACAACUCACCUUCACUUUUGUAUUGUUGAGAAACAUCUGUAAACAGCGUAAUGUCAAUCCUUUGGCUAUAAUUAGGCUUGUAUUCAUUUCACUACAGAUGUUGAUCUUGUUUUAUUACUUUAUUUAUUAAAUAAUACACCAUGCUUUGUACCCGUGGUAUGUAUACAUAGCACCUAAUUAAUAUAAUAAGUAACUGUUUCGCAUGUCUUGGAACUAUUCCGUGGCAAUAGUUAUUUGGCUACCCUUACAUAUUCACCAUUUACUUCUUUGCCCUUUUAGCGUGGUCUUAUAUGUGGUAGAUUGUUCACUUGUUGCAAGGUCUGCUGCGGAAGGUUUGAACACCCCUGUGAUAUAAUUGAUUUGCAGCCUGCUCAACGUUUGUUUGAUAGGGUUUGGUGGCUACGCUCGCCACUCCAUACGGACAAUGGUUCAUGCUCAAAGUAAGCAUCAACGACCCUUGCAUGAUGAGCUUGUGAGUUAAUAUUGUUGAUUGCACCAGAAUACGGUCUCACGUGCACAUCCAGAAUGUCACCCCUGUUGCGCAAACAUGUCAUUGUGCUCAACUGUAUGACAUGAACAUCUGUUCUUUCAGCUCUACUAUUCGUAUAUGUUGAUAUCCUGAAAUCUUACUCAGUGUCUACGCCACACUCGGGCACGACGAUCUGUGAAAUCUAGAAAAUAUCUAGAUUCAUCAGAGAAAAGUACCGGAGCCCAGUUUUGGUCGGUCCAACUGUCCUAUCUUCAGCCCAGUCUAAACGUCACUGCUUGUGAUGUCGGGUAAGUGGGAUGCGAAUGCAUGCCCUCCGUGACAGAAGACCAGCCUCACUGAGACUAUUGUGCACUGUCUGAGUAGAAACGUUAACGCCACUGGCGUUCCGCAGGUCAUUUCUGAGUGUGGUGGCAGUCGCGAAGUCCCCUGUCAUUUAGUAUCUGCAUCUGACAUCAUCCUUAGUCUUUGGUAGUCAAACGAUGUCUUCGAGGGGGGCAUAAGUGGGGUUGUUGCAAUCUAAGUAGCAAAUGUGGUUGUGCUCUUUGAUACUGACGUGCAACAAUUCUCUCACGAUUCACCCAAACACAGGUUUUUCAGGCACCUCCGGUACAUCUUGCCCAUGACUGCAUGCCUCUGUUCGUUCAUGGCUUGAGUUCCUAUAGGGCUAACACUAUCAAUGUGUACCAGGAUGUUUCAAUCUUUUGUUUUAUGAUUUGUUUUAUGCAUGUGUCAUCAAAACUUUAUCCAUAGAAAACUCUGAGUUGUAUAUAUCUAGAGCAGUUAUAUAUACAAGUAAAUGUGAAACAAUGUGUUGAUUUAUGAAUAUCCAUCUUUAUGAAUAAAUUUA